GGAUGAUCGUGUAUAAAUAGAUCCUUCAUAAAUGGUUACUCACACAUUCAUAUUCAUUCAAUCAUUGAAAAAAAAAUGGCCUCAAUCUUAAAAGGAGGAAGACUUACCCUGGCUCUUAUCAUCCUCAUCGUCAUUAGUUCAUCAUCUCACAUCAUUACAACCACCGCCACUGCUCGGACUCCAUACAACCAUGUCCGCCAACUAGCUACAAAUUGCGAUUAUGACCCUAUACAACAAGCAGAUGGACCCGGAAGGGUUGCUGUGGAAAGACUAAAAUGGGAAGGGCCGAAUGUUGCAAGUAGAACUGGAGAUGCUGUUCGAAAUGCUGUUCGAAUCUCGAGGAAGAGAUCCAAUCAUUAUAUUUGUCAAGAUGGUUCACAAGUUUAGUAGAAGAAAAAAAAAAAUCAAACAUGGCUGGCUAUCUUCAACUUGCACAAGCGGCAUAUGAGCUUCAUCCAGAUAACUUUGUACCACAUGGAGUGUGUACCAUAUCGAUGGUCACUUCUUUGUGUUGUGUUUUAGAUCCCAUAAUGUUGGUUAAUUUUAAUGUUGAUUCAAAAUGGAAAUAUAAGAUGUGUGUAAAG